CUACCAGUGGUAUUUGGAGAACGUAUUUCUAUUGUCACAGCACCCUGUCAGUUUAGCAUUCUGGGCAUUGACUUUCUCUCUCUCUCUCUCUCUGUCUGGAUUGUCGGCCUCCUUUUACUUUUAAUUAUUCUUAAGCUAAGCAAUAUGUGUAUAUAAUAUGUGGUGGAUUACAUAUGCAAUGCCCAAAACAUAGUCAGUCCCUUCUUACUUAAAAUCAAUUCUGUUUCUUCUUCAUCCUUUUUUUUUCUUUCUCGGAAGCUCUCCAACGGAUCUCCACUUCAAUUUAUUCCUUAAUUGGCAGUCUGAGUUAGUUAUUCUACUUCUUGCUCUUGCUGGUUUUUGUUAUGUACUUUACUUCAGAUCCUGUAUAUAUUGCCAUCUUCUUAAUUAGUACAUAGUUAAGCUGGAUAGCUUCACUUCUUGUGUAAUUCCUUAGUCGCACAAUUAUAAAAAACCUCUGCAGCAUGUAACUUCAUUAAUUUCUCCAAUCUUCUCCUUCCCACCCAAAAAAAAAAAAAAAGAUUUUUUUUUUCUUUUUCAUUUGUCAUGUCUCCUGGCAGAUUCUGAUUAUCCUGAGGAUCAAUAUAUCGAUCUGGCUGUUACACUGAAUAUCGUGUAGCCAAACAUUUAAAAAAAGACAAAAAAUCAUGUAAUACUUCUCCGUUUAAAGAAACCUAGCUCGUUUUUUCUUUGAAAAAAAAAAAAACAAAAAAACAAAAACAAAAAAAAAGAAAGAAAAGAAUUGAGAUCGAUCGAUCGAUGGCGGAAUUAGAAAGUGGAAGUCCAGCACCAGGUACGCCAGGGACACCAACGCCGCUAUUUUCGUCGUCGGUGAGAGUGGACUCAAUGGGGUCUUAUAGUGAGAGAAAGUCAAUGCCUCGAUGCAAGUGUUUGCCUUUGGAUGCUGCAACAUGGGGUGCUCCUCAUACGUGUCUCACCGACUUUCCCGCACCAGAUGUCUCCCUCACCCGCAAGUUAGGAGCAGAAUUCGUGGGGACAUUUAUCCUUAUAUUUGCUGCAACGGCCGGGCCAAUUGUGAACCAAAAGUACAACGGAGUAGAAUCUCUAAUCGGGAAUGCAGCUUGCGCAGGGCUGGCUGUUAUGAUCGUGAUUCUGUCGACGGGCCAUAUUUCUGGAGCUCAUCUUAAUCCAUCACUCACCAUCGCAUUUGCAGCACUUCGUCACUUUCCUUGGGUUCAAGUGCCUGCCUAUGUUGCAGCGCAGGUUUCGGCAUCCGUUUGUGCUUCUUUUGCACUCAAAGGUGUUUUUCAUCCUUUCAUGUCCGGUGGCGUUACUGUUCCUUCCGUAAACACUGGCCAGGCUUUUGCUCUUGAAUUCCUCAUCACAUUCAAUCUCCUUUUUGUUGUCACUGCUGUUGCAACCGACACCCGCGCGGUGGGAGAGUUGGCGGGCAUAGCAGUUGGAGCCACAGUCAUGCUCAAUAUUCUAGUGGCCGGGCCGUCAAGCGGUGCUUCCAUGAAUCCAGUACGAACUUUGGGGCCAGCAGUUGCAGCAGGGAAUUACAAGUCAUUGUGGAUAUACCUAGUGGCUCCAACUCUGGGGGCUCUUGCAGGGGCGGCUGUUUAUACACUCGUAAAACUUCGUGGAGACGACACUACGGAGACGCCACGCCAGGUUAGGAGCUUCCGCCGCUAGGCUGCUGAAGGAAUGGUGUUGUUCCAACUUAUAAUACUAUUGUGUGUUUGAAAAUAAAGGUGGAGGACUCGGAAAAUGUGACUUCCAGUCUAACUAUCGAAAACAAUUUACAUUUGCAUUUUGACACUCUUUCCUUCUCAUUCGCUUUGUGUGGAUGAUUUAAAGGAAGAGGCAGAAGUUUGAUUGUGGUCUGUGACCUUUUAUUUUGAUGAUUUGCUGUGUGUGAACUAUGCUACCUUAAGAUUAUGUGUGGUGGUAAUAAGAAGCUUUCUACGCUGCUA